GUGCAAGUAAGAUAGAUAGACAUCGACGACAUAUCAAGUCGCUCCGACAGCAGCACGACGGGACGUCACUAGUUUCGAAAUUGCGUUUUUGCGGACUCUUCCGCGGUGCCUCCAGUUUCACUGACUCUCUCUAUCUCCACGUCCCAUCGUUUCCUAGCAAUGUGUGAUAUUUUGUAUGUACGAUAUGCGCCAAGUGAGUCAUACGCGGGGCGUAAUGUUACGUCAAAACAAAAACAAUCCCGCUACUGCUAAUUGUGAAGAUACCGCAGCUGCGACAGUGCCCUUCUGGCUGGUUUUUCUGAGAGGAAAAGCGAAUAAGGAAGCGGGGGCGGAAGUAGUCCCGUGGGUCGGAUAAUUUAUGAACGCGCCACGGUGUGUGUAUAUACAGUGUGCGCGACGGCGAAGGUGAAAAUGUUGAUGAAGACCGCAGCGCGCUGACACGACGGGCGGCACGACGGGAGUGGGACGCGUUUUGCGAAUACAGUGAAAGCGGCAGCGACUGGGACGAUCAUCGUGAUCGGUGAGAUUGUUAAUAGUACGAGAGAAGAGUCGCGCGAUGAUGUCCGCGAUGUGCUUGCGCCCCAUUGCAACGCUGCGACCAUCGUUAAAAUACCACCGCGUUUCGUUUUGCAGACGUCGUUAAUCAGGUGCCGACGUCGUUUACGCAUCGUGUGUUUAUUCACGCCGUUUACUCGCUCGUCGUGCCGUUUAUUCCGCGCUUCUUAACGCGACGAUAUUUCGCACAUUAUCACUCCCCAGGUGUUGAAGGUUGAUCAGCUGUUGUGGGUGUUCCGCUCAUAAUAUCCAAAUAAUUGGUGAUUUCCAGUUUCGAGGAUUUAACGUCGAGACUCCGCUAAAUGUAAUGUCAACGGCACAGGUGUGAAAAUUCGCUUGGAAAUAAGAACAUUUAACAGAGCGUGUCAGAAGCUUAACACGCACGUAGAAUAUGUGCAGGAGGUAACGUUGAACGACGAGGAUUAUGACGAACGGCGUAAAGAUCUAUCUGUGUACGCGCAACUCCGGGAUACACUGUGUGAAUUCGUCAUGUACAUAUGAUCAUCCGAGUUCAUGCGUUCUCUUACUGUCAGCGGUGAGCAAACGACGACGGGCGCGGAAGGCGGCGGCUCAUCGCCAGGAGAUCAACAAACGCAGUCCUCGUCGUCCGUAACCGGUAGCGACGGUGUUCAGGGGAUGCCUAGCCUACACUCGCUCGUCUUACGACGAGCUCCGCUAACAGAUAUGGGUGCCGCAACCAGCUCGGUGACGUCUGUCAAUCCUCCCGCUAAAAUCACGACUAAUCAGAAAAAGAUUGACAAGACGAAACUCAGCGGCAUCAGGCUACCUCUGAUACGCAAAGAAGCUAGCGUAGUGAAUCUCUCUUUAACAGAGAGGACUGCACCGGGAAAAGAGGCGGAUGCACCACUUCUACGACCUGAAAGUAGCGCAAGUCUGGAAGCACGCGGCGGCAGUUGGAUGAACCUGGGUCCUGGUGUACUGAGAAAAUGCGAAACCGCAGUAGGAUUAAGCACCUCAGCACUGGAAGGAAGACCCAUAAAUCGUAGUAGAGUCUGCUCUCGCUGCUCCAGUUUGUUAUCCCUGGCGUCCAGCUCGCGUUAUAGCUUGGCUGCUGGCAACUUUGUUCCUGCUGGUUCGCAACAGACAAUCGGACGAAUAUUUUGUAAACUGUGUCUCGUCGAUACUUCUCUCUCCAAAACAUGUAAAAUCGAGGGAUGUGGUUGUUCCUAUUGUAAAGAUUGCAUGCGUGCCUAUGUAGAAUUUGAGAUUGAGGAAGGUGCGUAUGAAAUUAGUUGUCCAGAUGCUCAGUGCGAUCACGGCGCAAUACUAUCUUUGAAGGAGAUAUCCAGCCUUGUCAGUCCAGAACUUAUGGAGAAACAUUGCAAGUUUCGUUUAAAUAGAGAUGUAUCAAUGGAUAAAGGUCGUGCAUGGUGUCCUCGAGCGGGUUGUGAAACGAUAUGUUCAAUAAAUAGCAGCAAUGGUGGAAGCGGCACUCCUUUAGGUCCUGUUCACUGUCCCAAUUGCUCCACAGAUUUCUGCUCAAUAUGUCGGGAACCUUGGCACAAUGGGCCCUGUUCAGAUCUUCCGUUAGGGAUACCAUUCGGCAGCGAUCACAUUAAAUGUUGUCCUAUGUGUUCUGUGCCGAUAGAAAAGGAUGAAGGUUGUGCUCAAAUGAUGUGCAAAAGAUGUAAACACGUGUUUUGCUGGUACUGUUUAGCAUCCUUAGAUGAUGACUUUCUGUUGCGACAUUACGACAAGGGACCAUGUAAGAAUAAAUUGGGUCAUUCACGUGCGUCCGUGAUAUGGCAUCGAACGCAAGUUAUUGGGAUCUUCGCUGGUUUUGGCCUACUUCUACUUGUCGCAUCGCCCUUGUUAUUAUUAGCGGCACCUUGCAUCGUAUGCUGUAAAUGUCGCGUUUGCGGCUCUUCCAGAUUGGAACAGGAGGAAGGUGACACGGCAACAUAGAACCUUCCAAACUUUUUAAUCGAAUCACGGUUAAUCAUUUCUUUGAGCUAAAAUAGAUAUUUUUCCUAAACUUCCACAUAUGGGAGAUAAUAUGAUUGGCAACUUAUAUAGAUAUACAUUGCAUUUUGUUAAGUUUACAUAUUAUUUUAUUUUUGCGCGUUACUAGAGGAUAUAUUAUUAUAGAGAAGCAGAAUAUGUAUAUAUAUUUCUUGUCAGUCAAGCAUAUUGUGUGAUUACCUAUAUAUUUAUAUUUUACUUAGAGAGACGUUAUUUGCACAGAUAAGAGCUAGUGCGAAUUGUAUAGUUAUAAUUUGAUUGUUUUCCUGAUGUACACUUAUUUUAUAGUCACUUAAUUUUUAUAUGAUGAUUAAUUUUAUAAAAUAAAUUUUAUGAUUAAACUCGUAUGAUAAUUGUGAUUAAAGCAAGUCUAACGAUUUACAAAUACUCAUAAUGAAUUAUUAUACAAGAACAUUCCAAAAAUUUAUAUAUAUAUAUGUCGCACAUCAGAUUUAUUAUACUGCC